GGGUAACUAGAAGGGCUGCACUUCUAGUGUAUUCUGGACGAGAAAGACUGCCCGAUGGGAAACGGGCAGAAUUGUUCGUUAGGCCGUGGCAGGCAGGGCUGCUCAUUAUGGCGUGGCAGGCAGGACUACUCGUUGCAUCGGAUUUCUACCCGGUGGAAAGUGGUUGGUGUACUAUGGUUGAUGGUGCUGGUGAGUAUUCUUCUCGUAACUUCGGUCCCUAUUGCAGUAUCAGGGCAGCAGUCCUCUGGAGUUGAGACGUUUAUUAACUGCGGUGGCGAAGCCAUAACAGAUACAUGGGGUAGGACCUGGACGGCAGACUCGCAGGUCCCUGCGGACGGUAAUGUGUUGGAAACUACCGCACAGGAUGUGCUACCUCCCAGCCAGCCAAGGGCUCUGCCAAUGGCGGACCCGAUGCCUUAUCGUACCGCGAGGUUUUUCAGGAGCAAUGUCAGCUACACCUUUCCGAGCCCUGCAGGGACCAAUUUUUUUUUGCGGCUUCAUUUCACUACGGCCUACAUGGGUCCUGAGGCCGCUGCUUUUGCACCUAAAAAUUGUAGCUUCAAUGUGUAUGUGAACGAUACACUUGUACUGGCAGGCUAUUCGCCUCUCGCAAAGGCCCAGUCUAUACCCGAAAAGCCUAAUCCGAUUAAUCAGGUCGUUAUUGAAGAACUCAUCUUGACUUCCCAGGACGGUACUAUUGCUGUAUCACUUUCUCCGAUAUCAGAGGCGCAUUAUGGUUUUAUCUGUGGAAUUGAAGCAGUAUCGACCGCAGGAUUGUACGACAAAUCGUUGCCACCGGCGUAUUCUGGUCAUACUGUGCGUCGGAUAAACUGCGGAAGCACCAAUGAUGAAGUUCCGCCUAUCAGGGCAGGUGACCGGACAAUGCGGUGGUGGUCUAUUGACUCAGAAUGUCAGACAGGUGUCCCUCUUUCGACAUCAGCUAUAGGUGUCACUGGGGACAGGGAUCCAUUCUACGUUCCUGUCGAUGUACUGAGGACAUGGCGGUAUAAUGACAAGGAUGGUGUCAGUUACAUUUUUCUCGCGCUGGAGAAAAGCCGCAGUUAUCUUGUUCGACUGUACUUUUUCGAAGCUUUAGGUGAAACUCGCAGACGGGAAAUGAACAUCACCGUCCGUGGUUUUGGUCCAGCAGCUUCAGCUGGAGACGAGGCCACUGUUACAAACUAUGAUGUCGUGCGAGAUGGAGGUCGGUUGGCACCAGCAGUCGUUGAUCUUAUCUUUUUCCUGAACAGCACCACUGACCUGCAGAUCAUCUUAUGGAUUAGCGAGUGGACGGAGAUCCCUGAGGCGACAGUCAGUGGUAUUGAGAUUAUCAAACUCGGCCGCAAUGGUGAGUUGACGCUCGCUGACUCGGGGAGAGUUCCAGAGAGUAUCAUUGCUGGUACGUUUCCUACAGUGGACGCUGGGCCUGUUCUUCUUUCCUUUGCGGAGUAUCCAGGCAACUCGGAACUCCUGUCGGAUUGGGUCAAAUCAAAUGCUGAAGGAUUCACAAAUCCGUGCUACCCCCGGGCGUGGUCGAUGAUUGAGUGUACUUACGGUGCGGUUACGGCAAUCGACCUCUCCACAGCGCGGGGCGUUGCAGGACCGAUUCCGGCUCGGCUGGGGGAUCUGAGUGCACUGCGUGAGCUUAUCCUUAGCAAUCAGAAAUUUACGGGUCCCAUUCCUGAUUCCCUUGCUGACCUGGUCCACCUAGAGAAGCUGAAACUGGAUGGUAAUAUUGGACUGAAUGGGUCAGUCCCUGCUUCAUUUGGUCGGUUGUCCAAGCUGGAGGAAUUUGAUGUGAGCGGGACAGUGGUGGGCGGCCCGGUUCCCACAGCUCUUCUGGACUCGCCAUCGUUGAGCGUGGUUGCAGGCGAGUCUGAUCUCUGCGCUGCAGGCGACGCAACGCAAAAGCGACUUCUGAAACAGUGCCCGGAAGAGAGUGAGCCACCCUUCAGAGGACGAAUAGUGGCUGCCAUUCUUGGUGCAGUGGCGGGUGCAUGUGUGCUCGUUGGUGCUGGAGUCUUCGUCUACUUCAGAAAGUGCAGAGAUGACAGUUUCUUUGGUAUGAUGUCCAGCUCUGACAGUGGGGACGCAGCGAAAUCCAUGGGACCGCAGACAAUGAAAUUGGGCCGGCCAUUUACGUUUGCGGAAAUCGUCAAGGCCACAAACAACUUUGACCAUCGCCGCGUUCUUGGCUCUGGUGGAUUCGGGUCAGUAUACGAGGGCCAUCUUCCAGACGGCACUGUGGUGGCCAUCAAGCGCGGCAGUGCCGAGUCCCGACAGGGAAUCCGGGAGUUCCAGACGGAGAUCAGGACUUUGUCAAACCUCAGGCAUCGCCAUUUGGUGAGCCUGGUGGGCUACUGUGAAGAAAAUGGGGAGAUGAUUCUCGUGUACGAGUACAUGGCGAACGGUUCUCUUCGUGAUCACCUAUAUGCCGACGACGAAGAGUGGUCCUUGACGAAGAGCAGCCGGCAAUUUGUCCUCGACUGGAGGCAAAGGCUGAUGAUUUGCGUGGGAGCUGCUAAGGGUCUGGAUUACCUUCACUCUGGAGCGCAAGAAAUGAUCAUUCACAGGGACGUUAAGUCAACGAACAUCCUCUUGGAUGAUGAGUGGGUUGCCAAGGUUGCGGAUUUCGGGCUCUCAAAACUGGGACCCAGCAUGAAUGAAACUCAUGUCAGCACUGUGGUGAAAGGCAGCUUCGGCUAUCUGGACCCGGCAUACUUCAAGUCACAGCAGCUCACAGAGAAGUCAGAUGUCUACAGCUUUGGUGUUGUUCUGCUUGAAGUGAUCACAGCAAGGCCACCCAUCAGCCAGGGUGCUCCUGGAGAGCAGGUGAGUCUGGUCGACUGGGCGAAACCCUCUCUUCUUGCUGGGAGGGUCGAAGAGAUUGUCGAUCAGCGACUGACAAACUCGUACGACGUCCAAUCGCUACGCAAGGUAGCAGAGGUGGCGCUGCGCUGCCUCAACGAGAACAGGGAGGCCCGACCUUCAAUGGCCAGUGUCCUCCCUGGUCUCGAGGAUGCUCUGAUUUUGCAAGAGACAUCGGGCAGUGUCAUUCUCGAUCUUCCCCCUCGCCCCCCAGGCUCAGCGCACCGGAGUAAUCUUCAUCCCGGCCAACGAGUUGGUCUUCACGACGACAAUACUCCCUCUUCCACCAACUCCGCCGACUUUCAUCCCUACGGUGCCUCUCAUCAUUCCCACCCAUUGUCGAGUGUCUCAAUCAAUCAUUCCCAUCUUCAUUCCGUUGUCUCCGAAAAUCCUGACUACCAUAAUAUGGAUGACGACAGCAUGAGCGGCGCAAGCGACCCUCCAAGCAUGGCAUCUCCGUUGACAGCUCUUCAUUCUGUACCUUCUGCUGAGCUUGAUAUGAAAUGCAAGCGCAUCAAUCUGAGACCGCAAGCAUUCUCGUGCUACAAAGAUGGAUAUGCAUCUAGUUCCAUCUUGGUUCGGACUUGGGUCUGCAUCUCAACAGUCGUUGUUGCACCUGCUGAGACAGAUAUGAAUGCCAGCAGUGGUUCGGACUUGGCUCUGCAUCUCAUGGUGCUGGUGGCGACAAGCUCAAGCAGGGAAAACGAGAAACGAGCAAAGCAGGGUCAGUUAAGGGCUUGUUAGGUGAACAGGGUUUGCAUGAUGGGCGUUGAUUAGUUCUGGAGUCCAGAGUUGAGGCGAAAACCGCCAGCGCGCGAGGAGUUCUCUCAAGCUGUGCUCCAUCACAUGGAACCUAUUGUAAUUCGUUGACAGGCUGGCAGCGGAAACACUGCGAUAUUGGCCAAUCAAGUGGAGAGGGAGGGAGGGUAGUAUUGCACUACGUAGUCGAUUCUGCCUUGGGGGUUAGCCUGCCAUGUUAGUAUGUGUGGGAGACAUGGGUCGUCUCAUCUCCCUCACCCUGCAACCAUAUUGAUUGCUUCUCCCGCAAUUGUAGUGAUGGGAAGAGUUGGAGUGGGAGUGCACGCAGGGAAUGGAUGGCCAUCUCCAGACGUUGGACAGACGGGGCCACGUUUUGUGUCCCUCUCUGUGUGCGGAAGGUGCACGAGACGUUGGGUACGGACGAUAUUGGGUAGGGUCUACUCAUCUCUGUCACCCUGCAAUUGCAUUGAUCCCUUCUCCUGCAAAGAGCAAGAGAAGCUCACCUGUUGCUAUGGCAGAAGCUCUUCUCGCCACUGAGUCGCUAGUAAUGGUGCAGUUGCUCCUGGCUGGCAAGUCGUGCUUCUUCACAUAGUUGAUGAUUUUCAGUCGUAGAUCAGUGAUUGUGACCUUAGUGCUUAGUGAUGGGGAAGAGUUGGAAGAUGGAGGCCACAGAGGGAAUAGAUGGGUGGCCAAUGCCGGACGUUCGACAGACAGGGGGUACGUGUUGUGUCACUCUCUGUGUCGGGAAGGUGCACGAGAUGUCGGGUACGCACGGCAUCGGGUAAGUCGGAACCUUAUACGAUUGGUGUUCACAUAGUGAGGAAGAUUUUCUAAUCAUCUCUCCGCUCAGCGAACGCCAGUUCGCAAAAAGCUUCUCACUUCCUAUGCAGGCUGGAGCUGGAGGAAUGACCUGUCUUGAAUGUGUCUUCGUAUUUUCAUCUCGAGCUCCCGCUUACCCUGGCAAGCAAGCACUUUUGUCCAUUGAUUGGCAUUGCGCCAAGGUCACACACGGGUUCAUAUCCUCUCGGCUGCCUGAGCAGCUGACACAAGGUAGCCAGCCAUCCAAGACAGGCGUGAAGGUACAUCGGGUGGCGGGCUGUCAAUACCGAUGUGCGAAGGAAUCAAACAAGAACUUAAGUGCUUUUUUUUUUUUUUUUUUUUUUUUUUUUAAGCAGCUGUCUUCUCCUCUCGUAUGGGGGACAGCUGUGUGUGUUUUCGCUACACAAUUCUCUUCUCUGAGUUCUCUCAAUUGUCUUACGCUAACUAAUCAUCCAUCUCGCAGGGCUUAGGAGCGAGCAGUGCUUUCAAGGCUUAGGGUGGAGCACUACUUAGCCUAUGUGGUUUUUCUGACAACGCCCUAGUAUACUAGAUUAACCUAGAGAUGUCGAGCAAGCUACUAGGGUUAUGGGUUUCACCUAUCUACCUACGGGACACUUUCGUCCCCGAUCUAUCCCAGCCUACCUAUCUAUCCGCUCAGGGUUGAGCCUUCCCAGCUGAGCCUAUCCCCUCAGGGUUGACUAACGUGGAUGGAAGAGGCAUUCUCCAAGCUCCCCUAUCAGGUCCUACUAAGGGGGGGGCGAACCGUCGAUCUCAGGUGGUGGGCCCCACAGCGUGCAGCAGGGGCCGUGGGGAGCCAAAUGGAUGCCAUGUCGUAGGGAAGCGAACCCGUGACAUUACCGAGUGAGCUAGGCCGCCGCCCUUCUACGUAAACUAUUUUGUUUUUUUCACCCCCUCCCCUCCCCCCCGCCCCCCCGGGUUGUUUUUUGCAAGCCUGUGUAACAAGGUAUGCAAGCCGUGUGGUUUUGUUUUUUCACCCCCUGAGCUCUGCUUCGUCUUUUGUACGUUCAGUCACUAUGUGGAUUGCUGCAGCUUCGCAGCUCGUUUGGCCGGUGUACAAUCUCUCUGCCCAGACUUUGUGGUAGCUGUAUUCUUGACUAUAACAGUAUAACUUCUAUUAAUAAACCGCAUAGUCUUGUCGAUCAAACACACCUUUCUGCUCCAAGAGCUCUGUCUUCGUUCACACCUCACCUCACACUCCUUCACUGAGGUGGGAGGAAAAAGAUCUGCCUUAUGGCCUUUGCCGAUUUCACCGGUUGCUAGAUGGUCAUCGUGGAGAAGGUCCCGGGGGUGUGCACUAGGCUAUUAGGUCGAUUUGCUAGUGUGCCACUGUUCAGCAGACAUCUGUCUAAGAGUAUCGUAUCUGCUGAUCAUUUGGAGUUCGACUUGGAUGUUUGUUUGGCAUGCGGACGAACAAUUUUUUUUUUGUGGUAGUGGCAUUGUUCGGCUGAUAGAAAUGUGUGCUCUAAUUCCAUGUUUUGCAGCUGGAAAUAUCUAAUCUAUGUGGCGGCGGCACAUAUGAACCACCUCUGUGCACAAGUAGGCUGCAUUUGGUAGGCAGGGAUGGCAGAUUCGCGUCCGUUUGCCUUAGUAGAAAGGAGGCAGGCAUUCUGUUCUAGCCUUUAGGGAAGAGCUAUGAGAUGUAUGGUUUGUUUUCCCUCAUUAAAAAAAUUCCAGAAAACAUUUAUUAACAAAUUCACCAUUUAGAC